UGUUGGUGUUGCCUGCUGCAUUUGCAACAAGGCAGCGUAAGCUGUCACCGACAUGGGCAGUGAGCACUACUGCUUGAGGUGGAACAAUCAUCAAUCCAACCUGUUAGGGGUGUUUAGUCAAUUACUACAGGACGAGAGUCUGGUGGACGUCACAUUAGCUUGUUCAGAGGGCGCCCUCAUCAAAGCCCAUAAGGUGGUCCUCUCGGCCUGUUCUUCGUAUUUCCAGAGCCUUUUUCUGGACCACCCCGAAAAACACCCAAUUGUGAUAUUGAAGGACGUGCGCUUAGCCGAACUGAAAACAUUAGUCGAAUUCAUGUACAAGGGCGAAGUUAACGUGCAAUAUUGUCAGUUGUCGGCUUUGCUCAAAACGGCCGAGUCGUUGAAAGUUAAGGGCUUAGCAGAGAUGACCAAUCAGAAUACAACUCUCAGAGAGCCAGAACGUGAACCGGAUCGCCUGAGACCGCAUUCGCAACCUAUUAAAAGCACUUGUGACAGUCCCGUCGAUACAGCGCUAUCGAGCGGGUCCAAUACAUCGUUAGCAGCCACCUCAGCCGCAAACUUAGCCACAUCAGCCGCUUCAUCGCCAACCGCCGCAACCGGCACAGCCUCAACAAACGUCACCGCGAACGCAACAACAGCGCCAGCUACUACGACGCCAGUCAGCACAACAGCGGCUGCCGUUGUGGCUGCAGCUGCCGCAGCCGUUGUCGCAGUCACUCAGCAACAACAACAACAGCAAGCUGCCACAGCGUCUGCCUCCACAUCAACGACGUCCACGUCUAGCACAAGCGCCGGCAGCAGCGCCGGUUCCGCCACCACGGCGUCUACAGCGCAAAAACGUGACGCUAGCGGUGAACGCGGCGGUGGCGGCGGUAGUCCGUCGUCAUCAGCGCCACCCACAAAGCGUCAACAAAUGUCACCGGAACGCGACUCCUCACCGCUGCCGCUUGAUCUCUACCAGGGGCGCAGUGCCGCCGAAGCCGCAACACUUGGCCAGGAUGGUGGUGGUGGUGUGCGUGCCACGAGCGAAGAAUGCGAUGCGACGACGCAUGCCAUUAGCAAAAAUAACAACAAUAGUAGCAGCAAUAAGAAUACGACGAGCAGCGGCGGUGGUGGUGGCAUUGCCAGUGGGAUGAACACGCAGACGGCGCAUCACAAUAACGGUAAUGCGGACAACAAACCGUCGCGGCGACGCGAUGACUCGGACGAUGAAGACGAUGACGACGAGCCGCAUCACGGCAUUACCGCGCUCGAUUCGCCGCCGGCACGACCCGGCUCCUGCAGUGUACUGGAUGUGGUGGAGAAAAUCGAGGAACCCGACAGUUACGACGAAGAAAUGGAUCUAGAUGAUGAUGUGGAGGACAAUAGCUCAAACGAUGCUAUGGGUUUGAAUAUGAAAAUCGGUGCAGCCAUUAGCCACACAGCGGCUGCGCUGGCUUUACCCUCACCGCUGGGUGGUGGCAGUGGCGGCGGUGGCGGAGAUCCAGAGUCGGCGCGCUCAACACCCGCUGCUGCAACCAGCUCAACAUCGUGCGGCGGUCUCAUACUCGCCUCGGAUCUCACACACCAGCAGCAGCGUGCGACCUCGCGCAGUCCACGCGAUGUAGCGAGCAUUGAGCGACCCGGCAGCAGUGGCGUUUGCGGCUUGGCCUCCACCUCGGCGGGCAUGAGUCCUAGCUCGUCGGCGGCAGCAGCUGCCGCAGCGGGCAAUGAAACGUUGGCGGGCACCUCCGGUCUGGGACCAGUGCAGUCCGUGCCGCUGUCACUGAAGAAGGAGAUCGAUUGCAGCGAGGAUGACAACAGCAACAGCCGUCACAUGCAUCAGCCGCGUUCGGCGUCGGCGGGCGGUGGCUUGGGCGGCGAUUUGGACUAUCGCCUGACCACCCAUGAGUCGGAAACGUCCGAUUCGCCGCACGUUGUCGCCGCUGGCGGCAUCUCGGUUAGCGCUGGCGGUGGUGGCAAUGUCGCAUGUUCGACAUCGGCUGCUGCCGCUGCCGCAGCGAUUGCUGCGUCGGCCGCCUCCACCUCACACAGUCUUGACCAAUCGCAAACGCCGCCGCCCCUCUAUCAGUGCAUAUAUUGCGGCCACACAUUCCAGCACCAAAGCAAGCUAACGCGACACAUACUCUCGCAUUCGCUAAAAACGCUGGAGUAUCGCGAGACCGCACAACAUCCGCUCUUGCAUUCGCAUUUGCUGUCGCACGACCUCAAUUUGGCGCAGUUGCCACAAUUUACCACGUACCAAAUGAAUGCCGCCGCAUUGGCGGCCAGCGGCGCCGAUACUCAGGAACAACAAGCAGCUGCCGCUGUCAUGGCUGCCGCCAUGGAGUUGGCAGCCACAUGCGGUAGUGUUGGUGCGCGUAGCGCACUCGAUCUCGACGGCAGUGGUGGUCGGCUUGGCCACGGCGGUGGUGUUGGUGGCGGUUCGGCAACGGACAAUUGCGGCAUUGGUGGCACGUCAGCGGGUAGUGGCGGUAUGGUAUUGAGCGGCGCUGGUUCGUCGUCUUCGUCGACAUCGGCAGCGGCGGCGGCAGCGGCCGCAGCUGCGUUGGCUGCAACGUCGUCGUCAUCGGGCGCGUUGUUGGGCGCCUCAUCGAGUAGCGCCGAUCCGAAUGGCGUUGUGCUGUGCAAAUUUUGUGGCAAAAGUUUUCCCGAUGUCCACGUAUUGAUCGGGCAUCUGCCCGUGCAUACGGGCGAGCGUCCAUUUAAAUGUGAAUACUGUGGCAAGGCGUUCAAGCUGCGCCAUCAUAUGAAAGACCAUUGUCGCGUCCACACGGGUGAACGUCCCUUCCGUUGUCACAUGUGCGGGAAGACCUUCUCACGCUCAACCAUACUCAAGGCGCACGAGAAAACCCAUUUUCCCAAGUAUGUGCGCAAAUUUCUCUCACCAAGCCCUGUCGACACAAAGGAUGAACUACCACAAUAGUGAAGCGACUUUAGCUUGCUACUAAACUACUACUAUUAUUAUUACUACUACAACUACAACAUACAGGAUAAUAAUAAUUAUAAUUACUACAACUGACGAUGAGCGAUCGUGAUCUAUACAUAGUUAGCGGUGACCGACAUAAGCGCGGUCCGCAUGUUAGAUCAUGAUCAAGACACCACGAAAUAGAUAGGAGCAGGAGUUGAUGCAGGCGAUGAUGCAGCUGAAGCAGUGCCGAAAUACAAACAAACAUAUAUAUUAAUCGAUGACAAACCUCGACGACAAAGAAUUUCGUGGCUAAGCGCCGAGAGUGCUGCCACUUAAUAAUUUAUUUAAAGAAUACAAAAAGUAAAAGAAAGAAAAACACUAGUAAAACUAAAAGUCUGCCUGAGCAUACAAACAGCAGCAAUUAUAUACUUAUCUUAUACAUAUUUGUAACAGAAAUACAUACAUAUAUACAAGUGAAUAAGUGGUAAAAACAAAAGAGAGAGAGUGUGUAUGUGAAAAAGAGACACAUAUAUUAUAUGAUACAUAUGAAAGAGACAAGCUGAGACAAGCAACACAUAUGCAUGCACACAAACACACUUACAGUUAUAUACAUAUACCGUUAUUUAGGAGAGCGUGUAAGUGAUGCAAAUAACGAAACCUAAAGUUAAAGUAAAUAAGUAAAAAUUGUCAUUAUAUACAUACAUACAAGUAUAUACA